UCGUCCCUUAGGUGCCCACAACCCACCGUUCGCUGCCCGCUGCCGACUCGUCGCUUAUUGGGCCGUUGCCCCGAACCCACCCGCUUCUUCGCCCUCGCCCUCACCCGCCCACCCCCCGUCCCCCGUCCCCCGUCCCCAAUUCUUGGGCGCUCAGAAGCGCGCCGAAUCAUGGACGGCUCCUUCGGGCAACCUCAACGCUUUCCCGGAUACGGCGAUGGCUUCCACCGGCACUCGCAGAGCAGCGGCGACCAACAACUGAGCAAUCUCGAUUUCUCUGCCAUGGCCCAGAGCCAGCUUUCACACCAGACCAUGGCGCAUAUGGGCACCGAUCCAUCGCGGAUGAACACGGGCAGCGUGGCCUACGAGUCGCACGACGAUCUCUGCGUAGACGCCUGCAUGGGCGUCGGCCUCUACAAUGGCUUCCAACAGUUCAACCAUCGCGGGGCUCCAGCUUCUCUGGCGCCGCAGACGCGAUGGCAAAACAACCAAUAUCAAAUGGACCUCAGCACCAUGCCCCUCCAGCAGCACCAGUUCCAUACCGAUCUUGACCUGUCGAACCCGUACCAGCAGUGUUUUGACCACCACAUGUCUUCCACCAUGGCCUCGCACUGCGAGGAGGAGGAUUGCCAAUCAAUGAGCGCCAGCGGGUGCUGUGACAGCGAGUGUACCAUGACGGGCAAGUGCACCGGGGAAGAAUGUGAAACCGAAGAGGACGCUUGUACAGACCAGAACUGCCCCUCGCGGCCUGUUGUUCAUGUACCGGAGGAGGUUCGUGAUGGGGCUGCUGCCCUCAUCUCGAUCAACCACGCGCCUGCAAUAAAUAACCUAGGCUGCGGUCUGGCCCAGCCCUCUCAAAACAACUUUUUACUAUCGCCUCCCUGGAACGCGGUGGGCAGCGUUGCAAACCACUUGCUAAUUGCUCACGACGAUUCAAACUUGCAGCCUUGCACCACACCAUGUCCACUGGGGGAUCCUUCCAUCUAUACCCAAUGUCACAUGCCCGUCUUCAACAAUACCGAUGCUUUCAACCAGUUCAACCUCCAGCAGAUGAACCAGUUGAACCAAAUAAACCAAAGGAAUCAGCUCAACCAGAUGUUACAAGAGUGUGGAGCUCAGUACCACGACCCGGAGGCUUAUGCGGCCCAUUUCUUCUCUCAUCACAAAGUCCAAUUCGCGAACAUGCCGCCGCCACCAAGUACAAGGCCUGGUCAAAUGAGGGGCUUUCAGAACCAUAACAUCAUUUCAUCGAGGGAAACAAUGUCACCCCCAGAACCAGCCCUGGACACCUCUGACACCACAGCCUCACUCGGGACUCCCUCACCAUUAACCCCUACGUCGACUAACGUUGAAAUGACCGACGUCAAGCACAGUCGAAGCCUCUCCAUAGUCACGUCAACAGACGACGACGACAAUGUCAAGAUGGAAACAGAAGAACACCGCUGUCUCUGGCGGGAAGAAGGCGCUUCUGAAAUCUGCGGGUUUGUUUUCGACGACGCCGAGGCGUUGUUCAGACACGCAUCCAACUGCCACAUCAAACAUGCGCAAAAGCGUCCAGGGGAUCAGGGGUUCAGAUGUGGGUGGGAUGACUGCCCGCGGAGUGCUCCGGGUGCGAGUGGUUUUCCGCAGAGGAGUAAAAUCGAAAGACAUAUGCAGACACAUAUAGGGCGUAAGAUCCCCCCUCCCUCUCCCCUUCCCAUCCCUGUUGAGUUGCUAACAAACCCCAUAGACAAACCACACAUCUGCCCCGUCUGCCAAAAGGGCUUCUCGGCAAAACAAGCCCUGACUCAACACCUGUUUAUCCACAGCAACGAAAAGCCUCUUUCUUGCAGCCUAUGCAGCAAAACGUUUCGUUACCCUUCUGCUCUCACAAUGCACCAAAGAGUCCACAGCGGCGCUAAGCCCCUCACCUGCCCUGUUUGUGGUAAAGGGUUCAGCGAGUCGAGCAACCUGUCGAAACACAAGCGGACGCACGAGGUGAAAGGGAGGUUUAACUGCUUGGUGGAGGGGUGUGACAGGAACUUUCACAGGCAGGACCAGCUGAGGAGGCAUAUGAAGACGCAUAAUCUAGGGAGGGGGGACAGUGGGGGGGAGGAGGGGGGGGAUAUGAGGUCUAGUGAGGCUCCUGAGAUGGAGGGGAGUCAGGGGGAGGAGACGUGA